AUGGCCACUUCGGAGCUGCUGGGCGCCUUGACCAGGCGGAAGGAGCUUGCGGAAACGCAGGGCUCCGUGUUCGAGGCUUCUCCUCAAACCUCGGCCGCGGAUGUGGCAUGGGACCAGCGCCACGCCUCUCAGUUCACACCGCGGGGGCAGCACAGAUUGCCGGUGGGCAGACUGCCGGCGGAGGAGGACGAGGAGUCCACUGGGACGAUCACGCCUCCGGAUGAGAGGCCGCCUCCUGGCAAGGUCCGGGCCAAAGCGAGCCCCGCCGAUCUAGCCCGGCGGAUCUCCGAGGAGCUGGACCUGGACACGCUGAAGCAGCGUGCCCAGGCGCUCCAAGCGCCGGAGCCGGAGCCGGCUGCUCAGGUCAGCGCCGAGAGCUCCCCUACGGCUGACCCGGAGGCCUUGGCGCGGCAGCGUGCGCAGGCGGCCGCCUCGGCGGUGCAGGCGGUGGCCCAGGCCUGCAAAGCAUUGGACCCCAUCCAGCACACUGAUGAGGUUCCGCUCGGCACAAGCUGCGAGCCGGAGCUCGAGCGUCGCGGUGAGCCGAAGCCGAAGGAAGAGGAGAUGUUUGGGCCCUUCGUGCAGGCGGCGGUGGACUCCCUGCGGCGCUUCGUCUCCGACGAGCUGGGCCUCGAGGCCUUCUCCUGGUCCUUGGGCAUCAUCGCCCAGAUGCUGGUGCACACGGUGACAGAGGGCUCUACGAUUGUCAUGAAGGCCAUCAACAACAACUCGACUUUGCAACUGGCCAGCGCAGUGAAUUCUGCCCCGCGUGGGAAGCGUGCAAGCUGGGUGCUGAUUGUGAAGGUGGGCACACAGGACAUUUCACCUCUCCGCUGGGCGAUCGAAAGCGGGUCCUUGAGUGCUGCAAAGGCUAUCAUCGAAGAUCUUCUGACCAUCAGGGCGGACCGUGAGCGGUACUACUACGGUGUGGACGACCUCUUCGCGCGGCAUAGGGACAUUGUACAGAUCAUUUGCUCAGAGGCGCCGACGCUGCUCACGACCUUUCUAGAGGGUCUGGCUUGGCGGUCCCGGACCACUGAUCAAGGCAUGAGGCGGGUGAAUUACUACGUUAAGAACUUGUUCGUGGACGGCAACGGGAACUUCGCGGGAGCCCUGCAAGCCCUUGUCGGCCUGGGUGAUCCACAGAUCGUCUCCCAUUCUGUGGUGAACGUGGUGUCCAACCACCUUUGGACAGGGCUGGUGAUCCAGGAGUUCAUCGUGUCCAAGAUUUGGUUCAUUUUCAGCCUGGUGGUGCUUAUGGUGAGUCAGACCUUGCUGCCGGAGUACAGGGAGUCCAAAGAAGCGCGAAUCGGCACGCUGUUCUGCAGAGCUAUAACCUACAUGCUCACUUUGCUGGUCCUUUUGAUCCAGCACGCACGGGACACCUUCAAGGCCUACUACGGCCGGGACACGGUCCGCGUAUUGAGACUCCCAGUGCCCAGAUAUCUGACCCAGUUUUAUCAUAUCGCCAGCCUCAUGCUGAUGAUUUGCCUGGUUUGUAUGUGGAUCUACGAGCCCUACAUUCACUGCGUCGAAGACCCAGAGUGGCCAACGGAGUACUGCAAAGGCUACGAUGAAUCUGGCUUCAUCUACUCAGUGUUUGCCAUGUGUGCCGUGGGCCUGCACUGGGGCUUGAUGGCGGACCUGGCGGUUUUCUCCACAGGCCUGAGCGCUUUCGUCUUGGUCUGUGUCCACGUGGGGUCUGAGAUCGGGAGAUUUAUGUUCGCCCUGUUGUUUCUGCUGACCACCUUUGCCAGUGCCAUCACCGUUUUGGAGCAUGGCUAUGAGGAUAUGAAGCAGUUCGGCGAGUCGAUGAUCUGCUUGUCGGGCAUUACAUUGCGCCUCUAUGAGGAUGACUAUCGGGACCUCCAGAACGAUCCUGUACUGCUGACUGCCGUUUUCGGCUUCAUCACAUCCUCUGCCAUUUUGCUCCUGAACCUCCUGAUCGCCCAGUUGAACUGUUCCUACGUCUACGUCUAUCAGAACAUGCUGGGCUACGCCAAGCUGAAGCGGUCUUCAGUGUCAGUGCAGACCCUUCGGUACACCAAGCACGAGCGCUGGACUCGCUUCGUGGCCACCUUGGGCUUGGACGUGCCCUUGGAGUUCAACGAGGGCGAUGUGGGCAUGGCGGGCGGAAUCCAGGUCAUGGAGCCCCAGAGCUUGGCGGUGGUGGCGGCGGAUCGGAUCCAGCGCUUCGGGGGCAACUGCUCCCCGGAGCUGGAGUGGCCUGCAGACACCACCAUCGCUGUGGACGAAGAGGAGGAGAAGCUCGCAGCUUUAGAGCACCUCUUGCACAUCACCCUGACAAAGCUCCGGAAGGGAGGAGGGAGCACUGACAAGGAUUCCAAAGAAAAACACUCGUUCCUCUCCGAAGACUGA